UCUCUUUCUCAGUUCUUUCUCGAGUACUACUAGCUGCGAGGCAUCAGAUCAGAUCAGUUGCAGAGCGAGGAGGAGAUGGCUGACUGGGGUCCGGUGGUGGUGGGGGUGGUGCUCUUCAUCCUGCUGUCGCCGGGGCUGCUGUUCGAGAUCCCGGGCUCGCACCGCCACGUCGACUUCGGCGGCUUCCACACCAACGGCAAGGCCAUCUUCGUCCACACCCUCAUCUUCUUCGCCGCCUUCACCAUCCUCACGCUCGCGCUCCACAUCCACAUCUAUGCCGGAUAG